ACGGCACGCAGUCGUUUCGAACAAAUCCACCACUCUAAAACACCGUCCGUUCCCAUUCGCCAUUCCCCAGUCCCACCGACUCGUCUCCAAGUUCCUGAUCUCCGCCCAUGGCGAAACCCCUCUUCCUAAUCGCCCUCUUCGCCCUCACCGCCGCCGCCCUGGGCGGCCGCGACCCCGGCCCGAUUGUCGGCGGGUGGAGACCCAUCGAGGACGUGACGGAUCCGCACAUCCAGGAGCUCGGCGGGUGGGCGGUCACGCAGCACGCCAAGCUGGCCAGCGACAGGCUGCAGUUCCGCCGGGUCACGCGCGGCGAGGAGCAGGUCGUGUCCGGGAUGAACUACCGCCUCUUCGUGGACGCGGUGGACGGCGCCGGGACCAGCGCGCCGUACGUCGCGGUCGUCUACGAGCAGGCCUGGACACGCACCCGCGAGCUCACCUCCUUCAAGCCGGCGGCCAACUACUGAUCCGUCCGCCCCCCGUCACCGCCGUCCGCCGCGCAUGGAUCUCGAUCUGCAGCUAGCCAACGCAUGAGCUCCGCUGGUUAAUCUCAUCUGCUUGUGUCCUUAAUUUGGUACCGUAGUGCGAGCGGUUUUACUUUCAGUCGUGAGGUUUUGUAGACCGUGUGAGGUGCACUUCAUCCUGACUACAGUAUUUGCUACUCGUGCUAGAGUAAUACUGGUAAAUAAAUUGCGAGUGAUCAACAAAUGAUGUAGCGGACGGUUCAUUUGUGUCUCUCUGCGUCCAUUGUCAUGCUUGAUGCCUUGAUCUCGAGUGGACACGAUGUGCAAAACCCCUUGAGGAUCUGCUCCUUGAGGCUUCUCUAAAUAUUUA